AUGUAAACAAAAAUUUAAAUUAGAAAUAUUUUUAUACAAAAUGCAAAAACAUUCUACUUCAAUAUCGAAUGAUGAUUUCAUACGAGGUUCACGAAACUGGCUUUUGCAUACUCGCUAUGUACGUGGUGAACAUGCAAUGUGUAUGGAAUUAGCAGAAGACUUGCAAAAACAGACGAAUAGCACGCACAGAUUUGCGUACUAUAUAAAGGGUGCAGUUUUGGCUGACGCAGGGAGACUUCAAGAGGCAGUGGAUAAGUUCCACAGCUGUAUUCGGCUACAGCCGCAGGAUCCAGAACCCUUAAAACAAGUAGCUAAGUGCUUAUAUCGCCAAGGUCGUUUUCAACUGGCACUGGAAGCUUAUUUGGAAGCAGAUAAAUUAUCUAAGCAGCCAGAUCCAGAAAUCUAUUGUGCUUUAGCGGAAUGUGCGAGUGCGGUGGCGGGCGCGGGGGGCGUGCGGGGCGCGGGCGUGGAGUGGGCGCGCGCGGCGCAGGGCGCGGGCGGCGGGGAGCGCGCGGCGGCGCUGCUGGCGCGGCUGCUGCUGGCGGCCGGCGACGUGCCCGGCGCGCUGGCGGCCUACGACCACGCUCUCGCGAGUCAUGCUUGCGGCGCUGAUACUCUAGCUGCGGCAGGGGCACUGAGUCUCAGGGCAGGCGAUCCUCGCCGUGCCUUUCAAUUGCUAGGCGAAGCACUAUCCCAGCAGCCUAUGCAGCAUGCUGCAGCACUAGCGCUAGCCGCUAUGCUGCUGCAACACAAAGACGUAGAUGCAGCGCUAGCAAGACUUAAAGCGGCUUUAAGUGCUCAUCCGACAUGUGUUGCUGCGCACUCAAACCUUGGUCUCGCGUUGCUUACAAAGAAAAAGUUUGUCGCUGCGCUGACCUGCCUGUCCCGCGCGGCGACGGUGGCGCCGCUGAGCGCGCGCGCCGCGCACAACCUGGGGCUGGCGCUGCUGUGGUGCCGCCGCCCCGCCUCCGCCUUCUGCCGCCUCGCCUGCGCCGCCGCCCUGCGACCCACUCGCGCGCACACCGUAUUGCUAAUAGGAAUUGCACUAGAACGUUUAGGUGAUAGUAGAGCUGAUGCAGCAUAUAAUAGAGCUGCAGCUCUUUCUCCUGAAGACCCGCUGGUCAGGCUCAACCUUGCUGGUAGACACGCUAGAGCAGGGAGACUGACUGAUGCUGUAGAGGAAGCCAGAAUUGUCGCCCAAUUGCUUGAAUACGCACCUGACGCUCAGUUGUCAAGUCAUCUCGCAACUUUGCUGAGUCUUCUCCCGAAACCACUUCCGGAGACAAUGGAAAACGAGCCCAGCACCACGAUCGAUGAUACCCAAGAAACGAAGGAAUUCCAUCCAGAUGAAGUUUGAAUACGUACUAAAGUAAACGUACUAAACCUUAGUGAAACUCCAAAAUGAAUUCUGACAUAUUUUUAAUUUAUGAAACUUUUAGUACGAAAGAAUAAUAGAAGAUCACACAGUAGUAAAUAUCGAAACAAUUGAAAAAACAAUCAAACAAUGUACCCACUUAUUUGUUAAUAAAGUAUAUUGUCCAG